AUGGCACAGCACCGGGAGCUCAUUGGCGACAAGUCCUUGGAGCAUUUCCGCUUGGAGUACGAGAAGCUCCACAGAGCUUUGAAGAAGUCUCAUGACAGUGAGAAGCGGCUCAUCAAGAAGUGCCGUGAGCUGAACGCGGAGAUUGUGUCGAAUGCCACAAAGGUGCAAACGGCCUUGAACCUCUCAAAGGAGGACCAGGCCACCAUCUCCAACCUGAAGAAAGAAAUUGAGAGAGCGUGGAAGAUGGUGGAGGCCUCGCAUGAGAAGGAGCAAAGGGCCAAAGAGACGAUUCACAACCUCAAGGUAGAGAUUGCGAACCUUAGCCACCUAGUGGAACAGGGUGUGGACCUCUGGUCCUCAAGGAGUUACAUGCAGGGCCAGUGUAAAUGGUGUUUACAGCUUUCAGCUGAGAGUAGAUUGGUUUUAUAG